AUGUCGGAGCUGGUCGAGAGAGUUGUCUACGCGCCUCGUCCGAAAACUGAGCAGAUCACUGUCAGCCUGCUUGUAUCAAGCGCUGCCAACUCAGGCAACUACACAGAACGGCUCGAAAUUAAGACAGGGAACCCUGCCACCUCAGGCACUCAAUACCUGAGUGCUGGCCUCACAGGCAAUCUCACUUGGGCGCGCAAGGUGGUGCCGCGCGAGUUUGUCAAUACUGCUCGCUGGUCGGCUGCCAACUUCACCAUACUCGCCUUUUCACAAGAGCACUGCAAAACCUUGGACAACGGCACUGUCUCAUGUCCUCUGAGUUCAAGCAACAGCUCAGAUGCCACAGCCUGGAGCCAGCCGACAGAUUACGUUGCGGCCACUUGUAUCAUGUACCCCUGUGUCAAGCACUAUGCGGGACGAGUCAAGAUGAAGUCUGAGCCGCUCUGGGAUGGCGGCGAGACGCUCCCCCAGACAUUUAUGCGAGGCGUCCAGGCACCGUGCUUGGUCAACGGAACACUCUACACCUCGUCGAAUAUGACAUCUGCUUCUGAGAAGCUGCCAUCAUCUGCCAGACAAACCAUGUCGGUACUUUCAAAAGACUGGGCUACCGAGGAUCUUGACGGCCCAUCUGAGUACGCAAAUGUCACGGCACCUCAGGAGUGCGUGGCAUCGCUUUGGCCGGCCUUUAUCCUAGCCUUUCAGCGAGAGCUGGCGGGGACCUUUGAUGCUUACUGCAGACCACAAGGGUUCCAAACAGAAUACGUCGCUUGCUUCGGUAGAUAUGGCGGAAACUCGCUGGCCAUGGCCGCUAUUCUACGCUCUCGCACUACCAAUCUCGAUUCGAUUAGAGAGAACAUCGACUCUAUGGCCAUGAGAAUCACCACUGAAAUGCGCCGCGCUGGAUGGGGCCCAUAUGCAAUGGCCAGCACAGCCUCCAAAGGUGAUGCUUGGGAGAAUCGGACCUGUCUCCACGUGGCAUGGGCCUGGUUUGCUCUGCCUUUGGCUCUCUUGGUGCUGUGCAUCGUAAUGAUUUCUUGCAUCAUUGUGAAAGAGUUGCUGAACAGGAAUACCGGGGUGAUGUGGAAGAGCUCAGUGCUGCCGUUCCUGCUCAAGGACCAAGUUCCCGCGAUAGAGACGAUGAGCAUGAGGGAGGUGGAUGCAGCGGCCAAGGGCUUAGAGGUGAAGCUACAAAAGCAAUAG